AUGGACGUCAAUUCCAAUUCCACAGCCAGCUCGUCGGCUACGCUCAGCCCUGUAGCCCUGGCGGCUAGAGGAAAUGAGAUUAAAGGUCUCGAUAUCUUCCAGAAGACAACAGAUGACUUUACGCUACCCAGGGUAAAGGAGCUCAUGUCGGAAAUGAACGCAGAUCAGCCUAGCGGAGGCACCGACAUGGCAUAUGGGAAGGCAAAUUCCCAGAUUCUUCGCUUUUGGAAGGCCAAUCCAUCCAAAUCAUCCAAAGCUCCGAUUGUCCUCUUUGUUCAUGGCGGAAGUUGGCGCUCGGGGACUUACUUAGACUCUAUUGGGUCCGCCAAAGUUGGCCAUUUGAUCGACAAAGGUUAUGCCUUCGCUACGGUCAACUAUACACUUAUCCCCUCUGUGACGGUGGAAGAGCAAGUACAAGAAGUGGCCCACGCAAUCAACUAUCUAGUGGAAAACGCAAUUAGACUCGACAUUGAUUCUGAACGAGUCAUUUUGAUGGGGCACAGUUCCGGGGCCCAUGUUGUCACUCUGUUGGGAACUGAUGCGAGCUACCUGGAGCGAGCGGGAACUAGUAUUUCCAUUGUUAAGGCCGUCAUCGCCCUGGACGGCUCCAACUACAACGCAGCGGCUGAGAUUCUCGAUAAUCCGGGCCAGAUUGCGGACAAUAUGAUUUAUGGGUUCGGUACCGAUCUGAAGCGACUAAUUGCCGUGUCACCUACUUAUCAUGCCCGCGCGCCUAACGCACGCGCGUUCCUGCUUCUCCACGCUCAUCGACAUGGGGACAUCCGCCAGGCAGUCGAACUAGCCGUAGCGCUAAAUUCUGCAGGUACCGAUACUACGUUGCAUGUAUUUGAAGGGCAGGGUUUCGAAGGCCAUAUUCAAAUGCUGCUCCGAUUGGGGGAUCCGACCUAUCCUGCCACGUGCGUGAUGGACAACUGGCUCAAGAUCCACGUUCCAGUGAUUUGA